UUGACGAGUUACCUUAUAAAAACUGACGCGUGGAACAAAAGAAAUGGGAAGAAGUCCGUUUUCUGUUCACGGAAUUUGAAAAAGGACUUUUUUUCCUUAACCUUUUACAAUUGCACACCUCCAAGUCUCCCACAUAAUAUUCUCUAUUAUCCUUACGUUUUCUUCUCAUCAUUCAGUCUUAUACGUGCAGUGUUUUUUUGGUGUGGCAAACUGAAAUCUACCAAAAUGGAUUGUUUUGAAGCAUUACAUACAACAGGAGAAGCAAACCAAGAGAAAAUAAAAGGAGUAAUCACACAUGGGGGUCGUUAUGUUCAGUAUAAUGUGCAUGGCAGUUUAUUUGAAGUGUCUUCUAAGUAUGUUCCUCCUAUUCGUCCUAUUGGUCGUGGUGCUUCUGGCCUUGUUUGUGCUGCUGUGAACUCCGAGACACACCAGGAGGUAGCAAUCAAGAAGAUCGGUAAUGCAUUUGACAACAUUGUAGAUGCUAAAAGAACACUAAGGGAGAUCAAACUUCUUCGCCAUAUGGAUCAUGAAAAUAUUAUUGCCAUUAAGGACAUCAUUCGACCACCAAAGAAGGAAGCAUUUAACGAUGUGUACAUUGUCUAUGAACUGAUGGAUACUGAUCUUCAUCAAAUAAUUCGCUCUAACCAAUCUUUGACUGAUGAUCAUUGCCAGUAUUUGUUAUAUCAGCUCUUACGCGGAUUGAAAUAUGUGCACUCUGCAAAGGUCUUGCACCGUGAUCUAAAGCCGAGUAAUUUACUUCUGAAUGCAAACUGUAACCUCAAGAUUGGGGACUUUGGGCUGGCAAGAACUACCACUGAGACAGAUUUCAUGACGGAGUAUGUUGUUCCACGUUGGUAUCGAGCCCCUGAAUUGCUCUUAAAUUGUUCGGAAUACACAGCUGCAAUCGAUGUUUGGUCUGUUGGUUGUAUAUUCGGUGAAAUCAUGACCAGGGAACCCUUGUUUCCUGGCAAGGAUUAUGUUCAUCAGCUGAGGCUUAUUACUGAGUUGAUAGGAUCACCAGAUGAUUCGAGCUUGGGAUUUCUGCGUAGUAACCAUGCGAGGAGGUAUGUGAAACAGCUCCCACAGUAUCCAAAGCAGCAAUUCUCAGCAAGAUUUCCAAAUAUGUCACCGGCAGCCACUGAUCUGUUGGAGAAGAUGCUCGUAUUUGAUCCCAACAAGCGCAUUACUGUGGACGAGGGGCUUUGUCACCCCUACUUGUCCUCCCUCCACGAUACCCAUGAGGAAACCAUCUGUUCAGCUCCUUUUCGUAUUGAAUUCGAGCAGUCAUCCUUGACUGAAGAGAAUGUCAAAGAGCUCAUCUGGAAGGAAUCGGUGAAGUUUAACCCUGAUCCCGCUCAUUAAGUACAAAUGACAGUAUCAGUGAAGCUUAACCCUGAUCACACUCGGUUACUCAUUUCAGAAUGUUAAUCGAAUUUGGUUUAUUUGUGUAACAUUGGUCCUUGUAUAAGAGUUAAUAAUUAAGUAGGAAAAUAAGGAAAUUGGGAUUGCUCUAUAGCUGAAUUCUCGUGUGUGGAUGAUUAUAUUUUUCAUAUUGUGUAUAACUUGUACUAAACUUCUGUACAAUGUACAAUGUAUAUUGUUGAAGUUGAAUACAUUCUCUGCAUUCAGCAUGUUUUUUGUCUUUAA